AUGCUUCAGAUCAAGUUUUCUCUCAACAAUGCAAAUCACUAUGGAGAACAAGGGAGCUUCGACUUCUUACCUGGAGAAAAUGCAGAGAAAGAGAUUUUAGACGCAGUCCGCAUCUCUUGUAAACUUCAAUCGAGGUUGCCUGUGGAAACGAUCAUGAGCCUUUACAAGCAAAUUCAAGCUGAUGCAGACUGUUUAAUCGAUUAUGAGGUGAAGCACAACAGCUCUGGCAAAUCUUUCUCAUCGGCCAUCGACGGUAGCCCAAAUCAGGGUCAUCUCGCAGGAUUGUCAGACUCGGUGGUUCCACCGAACGAUCAAAACUUGUCGUCCGGUAAGGAAGCCCAGAAAUACAACGUCUCAGAAGAUGACUUAAUUUACCUUUGUUUUCCAGAUGUAUCCCUCGACACCCGUUAUCAAUCUUUCCCUAACGAUUUCGACGAGCAUCACCCGGACGGCACAAACAUAAUCUCACCAAACAACUCGGAUGUGACUUCUCACGACUCUGCCAUCGAAAUGAACGAUGACCACCAAUAUACCUCGACUCCGCCAGUAUCUUCAAAAGCCCUGGGUACCCGAUAUACGAAGAAUGAGACGCAAGUUCGUUCGGUCAGCCUAACGAGCCCAACGAUCGGGCGACUGGAGAGGUCAGCAAGAGCGACAUCCGAGGAAAUUGAAUCGAGAAGCGCAACACCCGAACGGUUCCGACAAUCCUUGUCGAGACUCCAGCCGGCAGUUGAAGAUGCUUCCGAUGAGGACGAAAUUGCUGCUGGCUCUGACGACAUAAUUACGAAUAUUAUCGGCAUAGACUCGGCUCAGUCAGGCAUUCAGAUUCCCUCGAGUGAACGAUACUCAUUGGAACCACAGCAACUAGCCGACUAUGCUCCUGGCAAUGCAAGGGGUAGUGACCCUGAUGGUUGUUCAAUUUCAAAUGAAAGCUUUGGCGAAUCGGAUAUUGACUUGGCCAUUGAUCAUUCUAUGAGGUUUUUGAGUGAAGACGAGAAUCCGGUCGACUUUUCCUCGAAUCCCCAAGGUCGCAUUUCCACAUCUACAUCUACUUCUCCUUCGCUUAAAGAUGACGACCUGUCUGCGCAGCCCAAGAAGCUUUCAGAUGUGUCUCACUUGCCCUUGUCAAUUGGGGGUCUUCAGGCAGGCUCAAAGCGAAAGAUUUCCCUUGCUGUUGAAUCUCAAUCAGACCAAUCCUCCAGGAACCUCAGGCCCCGUCUUGCCCCUGAGCAGUCAGAGGAGCCUGAGCAACCAGAGGAGCCUGAGCAACCAGAGGAGCCUGAGCAACCAGAGGAGCCUGAGCAACCAGAGGAGCCUGAGCAACCAGAGGAGCCUGAGCAACCAGAGGAGCCUGAGCAACCAGAGGAGCCUGAGCAACCAGAGGAGCCUGAGCAACCAGAGGAGUCUGAGCAACCAGAGGAGCCUGAGCAACCAGAGGAGCCUGAGCAACCAAGUGUAGCGGUUGAAGAUUGUGAACCGAAUGAAACCGAUAUUCUGGAAUCGGUAUAUUCCCGACUGACUUUGCAACAGGUGACGGAAGUCCAGCGCACCGGCGAACGCCUUCAUUCACACAACCUCGCAGCCUUUCUAGAAAAGUACUCCUGUACCUGGAAGGUCUCUGGUUUCUGGAGCGGCCCUUCCUGGAAUGACUCAAGCUCCUCGAAUGCCGCUCAAAAGCCCAAUCGUGCCAGUCUUAUGACCUAUUUAAUGCGACUGCACAAUGAGAACGACAUGCAUGAUGUAAAGCUACGUGUUGCUCGAUGUUCUCUGUUUCUGUUUUUUGUCAGAGAAAUCGAGUGUGAACGUCAACGGGGCACAGCAGAGACUGCUCUGAAAAAAAAUGUCGUCAGCACACUUUGCAACUCGAGAGGCGUGACACCAGUCGAGAAAAGAAAACUCCACAAAUCUUUCCACAAUGAAAAGAAAAUCGGUGAAUAUUGGUGGUGGUGUGUGUACUACUUCGGGCCCAGCUUUCUUAUUCGGUGCAGCAAAGAAGCGGGCAAAAAGAUAAACAAUUCCCGUUUCCCGCUGGAUGCUAUGAUUGCGUACGCCCUGCAUCGGAACCCUCUUGCCGCAAGGCCUUAUCCCGCCCUUGAUGAGGCCGUGGUCCAUUUGCUGAUCACAGGCAAGUUUUCCGACAACUUCUCACUACAAGAUGUCCAAAAGUGGGGGAAACCUCCGCCACAGAAUCUGUUGCGCUUAAGGCCUGGCGACCUUUUAGUACUGAAGCGGUCACUGAAGAGGCUCUCGCGAGCUUAA